CGUGUGGAUGACAGGAUGGGCAGUUCGCCACCGUCUGGCGUCGAACCCGUGAGCAUGACAAUUGACCUCGAAGGUCCUUCGCCAAGCGGGCUACCUCAUCCCUCUUAUUAUUAGACUAUUAGACUUCGUUACUUAUUAUUAGACUAUACAUCGAAUUUGAUUCGAAAUUACUCAAUUAGUGAGCCGCUAUAUAUCAAGGAUCCUUUUUGAUAAUUCUGUAAAUUACCUUUUUGGGCUUUUUGUUAGAAUACUUUUCUGUAUAUAUUCACAUGUGUACUAUAUAUCAGUUAAAUUUUAGUAAUGAUGAUACAUAUCUCAACAAGUCAUAAACUAAUUAGCAUGAAUGACGCAUCACGUUGAGAUCUUGAGAUUAAGGUUAGAUGAUACACAAAUUAAUAUUACAUAAUUUCAGUGCAAGAUAUAUCAUUAACGCCUCAUUUUUGAGCUAGGUAUUGUAUUCGUAAGCUGACAAAGAGAAUAUGAGCUCCAAGUUGCCAAUUCGAAUAAUUGGUACAAAGCUGCAACUUUUUAAUAUUCGUGUUAUAUAUGUAAAAGACCAUAUACUUAGAACAUAGGUUCGACAAGAAAAACGUUUGAUUCAAUAUUAGAUAAAAUACCGAGAAGAAUAUAAUAUAUUUUACGUUUUUGGAUGAUAAUAUACCUAAGUGACUAAUACAUGUGGCAUUAGCCAUACACACUGAAAUUCGUGUAUGUUAAUUUCUCCAUCUAACGUUGAUCUAUUAAACACAUAAGUUAUAGCAUUAAAUCAUAAAAAAAAUAGUGUAUUCUCUUUCACAAGAAAAUAAAACGAUGCUUCAAAAUUUUAAAGUUUACAAAUCGAGAUGAGUCUUGAAGAAUGGUUUUAUGAAAUUUCUUUCUAAAAUUAAAUUUAUCUUCAAUAGAAAAAUAUUAAUUAUGAGCUUUAAAGCCGAUAUUCUUAGUAAACCACUACACUUGGACUUUCUACCACAACAUAUAAAACCUCAAGACUGCACUACAUAAAUAACUAAAACCAACGUAAAAACAAAACACACAUGUUGAAGCCUAAACUAUCUAACGGCCAAGUCUUAUUACACACUAAAAAUAGAAAAGUGGACUUAGCUCACAGUUCAGAUUUAGCACCAAAAAAGAGAGUAAAUCUCUCCUUUAAACCAUUCUUCUACAACCUCCUCACAUCUUCUACAUAAAUACCAAACGUGUGAAGCCAUUUAGGUUUAGCUUUUCACUAGAACACACAAGAUGGGUCUCAAUGCCUCCCUUUGUCUCUUCUCCCUCACCUUCUUACUCGUAUUUUUCUCUACGGCCAUUACAGCAGAUAACAUCACACAAGCGUUUGAGAAAUACUCCAACUUCAGCACCAUGAAUGAUCUCUUGAUCAAAACCAAGCUCAAUAUACCCAUAAGCAAAUACCUGACCAUAACCUUACUUGCUGUUAGCAAUGAAGCCAUCACCCCUAUCAUUAACAGAUCCGACGUUGAGCUCAAGAACAUUCUCAUGAACCAUGUCAUUCUUGAUUACUACGAUGAGAUGAAGUUUAAUGGAAUGAAGGAGAAGAGCAUAAUGCUCACUACCUUAUACCAAACAACCGGUUUAGGUGAAGAGAUGAAUGGUUUCCUCAACUGUACCAAAUCUAAAGGAAGAGUUUACUUUGGUUCAGGAGUGAAGGGCUCACCUUUGGUCGCUGAGUAUGUCAAGGCAUUGUACCACAAUCCAUAUAACAUGUCUAUAGUCCAGAUUAGUAUGCCCAUUGUGGCUCCUGGACUCAGCCUUGCUAUUUUUCCACCUCCACCACCACCUGCUCCUCCGGCUCCGGCUCCCUCUCCCAUGAAUGCUGCAAAAGCUCCAGGUCCUGGACCAGCUGAUGAAGACAAUGCCUCAGAUACUGAUGUUCCAAAACAUACACCUACAACAGAAACAGCGGAGGUUGAUUCUCCAGCUCCUACUCCAAGCGCAGAUAAUGAGAAGGUUGAAGCUGCUGAUAAGGCUGGGACAUCCUCUUCUGCUUGUAAGGCAAGUUUGAGAUUUGAUGUUGUUCUCUUGCUACUAUUGUUUGGUAGCUUUGCUGGUUUAUAAGUUUGGAAUUAGGUGAUGGGGUUUGAUGACAAUAAUGGUAGAUGAGUAAAAACAUUUCUUCUGUAGUUUUUCACCGUUUGAAGUGUAACAUAAACGCAUGCCAAUGUGAUGUUUGUCCUGUCGAAUUUGUAACAGAGUUCUAAGUGUGUUAUAACAUAGUUUAACCAAUGCAAAGAAUAGCAAAACAAGGGCCUGAUCACAACAACAAAUAAACACUUCAGCAUCGGUUUGGUUGAAGCAACGAGAAGAAUCAAACUAGCCUUACAAAUACCAGUUAAUCUCCCAAACUAAACAAAUCAACAAGCCAAUCAUGCAUUGGAAAAUGACGAGACUGCACUUACAGCGCUCAUACCGAAACAAUAAGGUGAACGUAACAAAUCUGAAAUUGCUCUAGAAAUUGUCUUUUAUGGAAUCCUACUUGAUUAAACAAAGGACAUAUCCGGCACAAGAAGAGCCUCCAUUUGCAGUCUGUAGCAGUCUCUCAUUUAAUCUUGUUUAUGAUGUCCUGAGCAAGAUAUGCGGAAGAUGGGGGGGAUUGCCUCCUCCUUCCCUUUGACCUAUGCCAUGAUGCUCAUAGGCAGCGAUGACUUCUUCCAUAUCAAGAGCCUUCAUUGGAGCAAAUCACUACAAGAAAACAGCUGCAUACUGAGGAAAAAAAUCGUCGGUAUGUCGUCGGAAUAACGCUAUUCCGACGAUAUACCGACGAAAAAAGUCCUCGGAA